AUGCUAUUAAACGUCCCAGCCAGAAAACGGUCAGCCAGCGAUCUCACCACAAACAAAGCGUUACCAUAUCCAUGCAGCCUUGAUGUGGUAUCCCUAAACACCACAAUACCAAUGCAAGAAGCCAUCACCAACAUUAAUCUCUCCAAACAAGACGUCUCAGACCUCCUCCAAGUCAUGCUAAACAACAUGUACUUCUCCUUUAGAGAUCAAGUUUUUCGCCAAAGAGAAGGCUCACCCAUGGGUUCUAGCAUUUCAGGCAUACUGGCCAUCCUAUUCAUGGACAAACUAGAAACCAACGCCCUCUCAUCGCAACUAAUGAGAAGCCCUUCCAAGAGAUAUGUUGACGACAUUUAUCGCCAAACAACUAAUGAAGAAACAGCAGACCGCUUUCACCACAUAAUAAACAAUGUGCACCCUAAUUUGAAAUUCGAAAUUGAAAAACCAGAAACAACACCUAGUGGCCUGUCAUUAUUAUUAUUCGAUUUCAAAGUCACCAUAUCUAAAGAUGGCAACAGCUCUUUUGAAUUCUACAAAAAACCAGCCAAAAACCCCUAUUCAUCCACUAUCAAUCAUCUAUUCCUACCAAAUCCGAACUCAACUUCAUUCGCAACAAAUGAAAACACAUCGAGGACAGAUGCUCCUCAAAUACAUCUGCAACAAAACACAUUCGACGACUUCCUUUGCCUAAACGGUUAUCCAGAGAACAGCAUAGAGCAAACAAAGCAGUCAAAAAACCCCCAACGAAACCCUCAACCUGCCAACACAGAGUGGUCAUACCUUAAGAUUCCGUACAUUUCUGAACAACUCAACCACAAGAUCACUAACAUUUUCAGAAAAGAAAACAUCCCGGUACGCAUUGCCCACAAAUCCUACAUGCUCAGACAAGCCCUAUCCUACACCCCCAAGGCGCGCAAAUGCACCAGAGACAAAUGCCUUAUCUCUAAUACUGGAUUUUGUUUACGAUGA